UUCCUCAAGAUGGCAUAUUACGACAUUGAUGAAAUUCUAACUGAUGCACAAAAACUGCCCUGCACUUUCGAACUAGAGGUACCAGGGCUGGGUUUUCUCGAUGGGAACGUCGGCGAAGACAUCAAGGCCGGAUCACGGUUAGAUGUGCCCCUAUGGCUGGGAGUAAUGCUUGCGGUGGGAGCCAAGGCUGGCUCUAAUCCGCUGGUCAAUCUGGAUAUCCCCCAAGCACUGUCGGAGCCGGUGAUGAAUGCGCUUAAGGCUGAUCCGCGGACGGUGGACCUUCGAUCUUUAGCGUCACAUUUUUACAGACUGGGCGUGAAGAUACUACAACUCUUCGAGGAAGAAGAAAUGGUAGAGAUUCUUAGUGAUACUUUCAAAAAGCGCGCGAUGCAAAUUGCGGAUCAUGCCCACAACCCAACCGGGGCGCUGGGAGGUGGAGUUGAAUUUUUGCGUGGCUUGGACGAAACUGAACGCCAAUUGUUUCGCGCUGCCCAUGACAGUGCUAAAGAGGCCCGUGUCUGGGCUGGAGAGGCAAAGAAGAAGUAGCGUAGCUAAGCUUUAUGAGUUUCUUGAGAUCAUUCUCUUUAUGACAGGCAUGACAUGGUUGGCGUUUGGUAGGACACAUGGUAGUAUAGUGAACGUUGGUAAUGAGUUCUCAUCUGAAAGGGUUUGUCUUCAUUCGUUUAGUGUUUCUUUAGAAUCAUCUGCUUGUACGGAGUACUCUGGGAUUGUUUUUAUACA